UCCCUUUUGCCCUCUCCUUCGCUUCUCUCCCUUCGUCCGCCAUCCUUCUCUCCGCUCAGGGAGCUGGAAGCCCAUCGUGAGACUCCAGCAUGUUGUCACUGCGCGUCGCAGCGGCUUUGGGCCGCGCACUCCCCCGCCGGGCUGGCUACGUGUCAAAAAAUGUUGCUGCAGCAUGUGUGGGAGUCAAGAACCUUCACACCACCAGCCCAUUUUUGCAGAAAACAGGCACUGCUGAGGUUUCUUCCAUCCUGGAGGAAAAGAUUAUGGGUGCAGAUACCAGCGCCGAUCUAGAAGAGACCGGUCGCGUGUUGUCCAUCGGUGACGGUAUUGCCAGAGUCUAUGGUCUCAGGAACGUGCAGGCCGAGGAGAUGGUGGAGUUCUCCUCUGGACUUAAGGGAAUGUCUCUGAAUUUGGAGCCGGACAAUGUUGGUGUGGUUGUAUUCGGUAACGACAAGCUAAUCAAGGAGGGCGACAUUGUCAAGAGAACAGGCGCCAUUGUAGACGUGCCCGUCGGAGAGGAGCUGCUGGGCCGGGUAGUGGACGCACUUGGAAAUGCGAUUGAUGGCAAGGGCCCCCUUGGUUCCCAGACCCGUAGGCGUGUAGGCCUGAAGGCCCCUGGCAUCAUCCCGCGCAUCUCUGUGAGGGAGCCCAUGCAGACUGGUAUUAAAGCUGUGGACAGUCUGGUACCCAUUGGCCGCGGGCAGCGUGAGCUUAUCAUCGGUGACAGGCAGACAGGCAAAACCGCCAUCGCCAUCGACACCAUCAUCAACCAGAAGCGCUUCAAUGAGGGCACGGAUGAGAAAAAGAAGCUGUACUGCAUAUACGUGGCCAUUGGCCAGAAGAGGUCCACUGUGGCCCAGCUGGUCAAGAGGCUGACGGACGCCGACGCCAUGAAGUACACAAUCGUGGUGUCGGCCACCGCCUCCGACGCCGCCCCUCUGCAGUACCUGGCGCCUUACUCUGGCUGUUCCAUGGGCGAGUACUUCCGCGACAACGGCAAGCACGCCCUCAUUAUCUAUGACGAUCUCUCCAAGCAGGCCGUCGCCUACCGUCAGAUGUCCCUGCUGCUCCGUCGCCCACCCGGCCGCGAAGCUUACCCGGGUGACGUGUUUUACUUGCAUUCCCGCCUGCUGGAGAGGGCCGCAAAGAUGAACGACAACUUUGGCGGAGGCUCACUUACCGCCCUGCCCGUCAUCGAGACGCAAGCCGGCGAUGUGUCUGCCUACAUUCCAACCAAUGUCAUCUCAAUCACAGAUGGGCAGAUCUUCUUGGAAACAGAGCUGUUCUACAAGGGCAUCCGUCCCGCCAUCAACGUCGGUCUGUCUGUGUCACGUGUCGGAUCAGCGGCCCAGACCAGGGCAAUGAAACAGGUGGCCGGUACUAUGAAGCUGGAGCUGGCCCAGUACCGCGAGGUGGCCGCCUUCGCCCAGUUCGGCUCCGAUCUGGACGCCGCCACACAGCAGCUUCUCAACCGCGGCGUGCGGCUGACCGAGCUGCUCAAGCAGGGCCAGUAUUCGCCCAUGGCCAUCGAAGAGCAAGUAACAGUCAUAUACGCUGGUGUGAGGGGACACUUGGACAAGAUGGAACCCAGCAAGAUCACAAAGUUCGAGAAAGCCUUCCUGCAGCACAUUCUGAGUCAGCACCAAGACCUGUUGGCUGCUAUCAAGGCUGACGGCAAAAUUUCCGAGGCCUCCGAUGCCAAGCUAAAGCAGAUUGUCCUCAACUUCCUCUCCAGCUUUGAGUAACGUGUGAUGACGCAUUCCUCUUUUUGUGUUGUGCUCCAUGUUCGCUUGUAGCUCGGGUCAGUUGUACUUUCCAUGAAACCUUAAUCUGUAAUGUACAGCCAAGAGAAUUAAAAGGAUUAAAAAAAA